CAAAUUGGACCCCGCCCAAUUGCAACGCUAGCGUUACGGUUGCGAACGGAACCUCGGAGGGCCGGGCCUUGUUUUCAGGGGGACUUAAAAUGUAGUUGAACAACUGCUGUUCUUCGUGUGUUCACGCUUAAGGCUUUCUGAAGCAACAAACUCCUUAUUUUGGAGCAGGGAUGUGUGACAUAGAAGAUAAAGACCUCUAUGCUGUCCUGGGAGCAAGUCCCUCAAACUCCGUUCAGGAACUUAGACGCAGAUAUCAGCAGCUGGCCUUAAAGUAUCAUCCAGAUCGUGUUGGACAUGAGUCUUCUGCAGAGUCUGGUAUAGACAAGUUUCUAGAGGUUGAGGCAGCCUGGAGGAUCCUUGGUGACCAGAACAGCAGGAGACGGUAUGACCUGCAGAGGCAAGCACAGGAACUCAAACAGGAUUGGCCAGUAGAUUCUACAGUCUGUCUGGAGGAUAUGACGUGGGACCAAGAUGAGCAUGCGUAUGUUGACUGGUGUCGCUGUGGAGGAAGAUUCAGCUUGUCAGAGGUGGACACGCAGAGCAGGCAGCAGGACUGUGAGAAGGAGGAGGAGGAGGAAGAGCAGCACAGAGGGCUGGUUGUUGGCUGCGAUACAUGUUCUCUCACCAUAUAUGUCACACGGCCGCUAGAGGGAAACAUGUACAAACUCCAAUACUGAUGUUGUUUGGCAACUUACUGUGCACCUAGUAACAGGUUUUGUGCCUAACAAUCACAUGUUUAACGUCUGGGUAGUAAAGCUAUGGUUCAGGAUAUUGCAUGCCUUCACUUACAGGUGGCGGGGUAAAGUUGCCUCUGAUGCAACAGAAGUUGCCCUUCAAGGCAUUUAAAGGUGUGCACCCCCAGAAGCCUUGGGACCUUAAACACAGCUGAAGUGGCAUUGGAGGUGUAUGGGGGUCCACAGGUCCACCUUCCUCCUACAGUCCAUACCUGUGCAGACUUAAAAUCAAAUGAUAAAGUAAGAUUAAUGUGACUGUGGAUGGAUUAGACCCGUCCAGGCUGUACCGCAGCAUGUUUUUAUGCACAUCCUGGAGUAAGGAAUCAAGCAUUUAUAACUAUACUUUCAAAUGAAAUGGGCUUAAAUUAGAAUAAUAAAUAGAAACAGACUCAUCAGCUUUCUCAAUAAAAUACAUAAAUACAGAACAUCAGUCAGAGGAAACACAGCAUGUAUUUGAUUAAUGGUCAGAGUUGAAAUAGCUGUACAUUUAUUUUUAGAAUUCUGCCACUAACAGUCUACUGUCAAUAAAAUCUUCUGUAAAAAUGAAACCUUCAAGUUAACAUUUUGUACCAAAUCAAAAAGUUUCUAAGUGAAUAAAGAUCAAACAAAUUUAA